CCCCCCCUCCUCCUCCUCUUCCCCUCCUCCAAACGUGUGUCCAGCGCUGCUGCUUUCAUUUCAUUGUUGUAGAGAAGUUCAGAUGGUUCUCUUUCUUAUGAUAAUCAGAUCCUCCACCACACGUGGCUUCUCCAGGAUGCAGAGGGACCUGAGAACGCGGAGUGAUCAUUCAUGAGUUCAGAAGAACACCACGCAGGAUCCACGUUCUUCUGAGAGACGGGGAGGAACGCGUGGACAGCAGAAGACAACUUUUCCUAGAAUUUGUCUUCAGUCACCGAUAGACUUUUUUUAAAGCAUGUUUGGUUAGUAUGUGUAAUCGACUAAAGUUUUUUUAGAGAAGGUUUUUUUAAAGGCAUCAUCUGGCUCAGAUCUGCACUUUUGUCCCCCACCCUCGAUAUGUCCCUGUUGGUGCCGCGCGUCCUGUUCGCGCUGCUGUGCGUUCACGCUGCGGGCUCUGCGUCGUGUCCUGCAGGCUGUGAGUGUUCCGAAGCUGCACAGACUGUGAAAUGUGUUUACAAAGAUCUUCAGGACAUACCGAUCGGAAUUCCUGGUUACACGAAGAAUUUGUUCAUCACUGGCAACCACAUUAGACGAAUUGGUCCAGAGGGUUUCAAGGGGUUGGAAAAUGUGACAACGUUAUCACUCAGCAACAACAGAAUAUCAGAGGUGGAGUCUCACACCUUCUCCAGCCUGCAUAACCUCAGAUCAUUGGACAUGAGCAACAACCAGCUGGUGUCAAUUCACCCAGAGGCCUUCACAAUACACAACCACACGCUGAGAGAACUGAAUUUCAGCCGAGCACUCUACAACCACUCCGCCAUCACUAACCUGGACACGGCUCUGCGCUGGAGCAGCCUGGACAGCCUGCAUGGGCUGGACCUGUCAAGCAACGGCCUGAUCUUCCUUCCCCCUCACAUCUUCUUUCACAUGAGUAAUCUGCGCCGGCUUCAGCUGGCCAACAACUCUAUUGUAUCUAUCACCAAUGAGACGUUGCUGGGUCUGGAGCACUUAGAAGACCUAGAUCUCAGCCAUAAUGCAUUUAAAACGUUCAACAAGGAAGGCUUGAUGGAGUUGGAGCGCAUUCGAAAAGCAAAGCUUCACCUCGGGCAGAACCCAUACACGUGUUCUUGUGAAAUCGAGCCAUUCGUUGCCUUGCUAAACACCUCACAGGAACGUGUUGUAGAUGUGGAGCAUGUGGUCUGUGUCUUCCCUGCCGAACUGCGCAACAUUUCUUUACUGCUUGCAAGGAAGUUGGUGUUGGGGUGUUCUCACACAGAGGAGGAGAACAACCUGGCUCUGCAAACAUCCUAUGUUUUCCUCUGCAUAGUACUGGGUUUUGUGGGCCUAAUGUUUCUCUUUGUGCUGUACCUGAACCGGAAAGGUAUCAAGAAGCGCAUUUAUGAAAUGCGUGACACUUGCAGGGAGAUGUGGGAGGGCUAUCAUUACCGAUAUGAGAUUGACUCUGAUCCCAGGUUGUCACAACUGUCCACCAAUGCAGAAGUGUAAUUUGUACUACUUGUUCUUCUAAUUCAAAUGUAUACCUGAGGAAAUUUAUAAUAGAACUGUACAUGUGUUGUAAGUAUGAACUGCUACAAGAAUAUGCAAAUCUACUGGCUAUUUAAGCCUGCACACAAGUUCUUUUUUUAUACAUCCACCAUCUCCUCCAACUGCAGUAUCCACUAAUGAUGUUAUCCCACUGCUUUGUAGUCUCCAUUACCACUCCAUUUUCCCUAUUGUAUCCUCGGAGAACAGGGUCCAAGUGACUUGGUUUUGGCUGUGUCUAAGACCAUUCUGCUAUUCCAUUCAGACCUAUCAGCAUUUACUGCUUUAGGAGGAAGUAACUGUCAUACUAAAUCUGUUCUAGUGCUUUCUGCGGCUGUAUUUUUUUUCCAGACGUUUGUCGAAUCAAAGAGCUGAACCCACAAUCAGCAAGGCUACAGAGCCCACUGUGCCCCUCUACCCACGGGGAGCUUGUGAAGAAUGUGGUUGCCUUUCUCUACAAAGCAUUCCAGUGCGAGGAUAACCUCCUCUAAGCUUACCACAGAGCCACAGAGAAACACACUUCCUUUGUGCCAGAUAAACAGAAUGAAAUAACUGAAAAAGGGUGUGUGUGUAGGGGGGUCUUUUAGAGAAAAUGAGACCAGCUGUGGAAAUCUCUGGACUGCUUCUCCUUCCUUUUUUUCAGAAGAAAUGUUCUGUGUUUUUAGUCCUCGGAUUUUUAUUGUCUGCGUGAUGAAAACCAGCCCUGCGAGCGGCUUGUCGAAAGACAAGCAAGUGGACUUGGCUGUGUGGAGGCUCCUAGGAACUUAAGCAGUUUUUUUGUGCUUUGGGGAUUUUUUACAGUGAUGAGAUGCAGAUGAGCUUGGGAACGUUUAGGUUCAGAUGUUUCUCAAGGGAGGUUUAUGGGAGAGAAUAUCACCAAAAGCAUAGGCUUGGGUGUCAUGGUUCUGUACUUAUUUUAUUUUUUAUAAAAACUGAAAAAUCCAGUAGAUAUAAAUAUAGUUAGGAUAUUUUAAAACUGAAAUCAUUACCUGCUCUCAUAAUGACAUUUAAAUAUAGAACUAGUCUUAGUCUGUAUUUUGGAAACAGACCUGUCUCCAUAAGCAUUAGAUAGUACAUUCAGCUGUGCUAUUACUAAUUCUGAUUUCAAACAUUCAUAUGUACCUGAAGAUCCAGAGUUGCUUUGAUCUUGACAACAUAUUUAACGAGUACAUGCUGUCAAACUGUACUUUAUUAAUCACAUAUGAAGGCCUCCAAAACUGAGACGUAAUGGGAAUUUAAAAAUGAAACUGCAAAUGUAAAGACCAGUACUGGGUCUGUGUAUACACUGUGCAUUGAACAAACAAUAAAUAAACACUGGUUUCCAUA